AUGCAGGGCUACGGCUACGCGGUGCAGGCGCCGUGCGCCUGCGCUCAGUAUGGGCAGGUGCCUCACAUGAUGAUGGCGCAGCAGCAGAUGCCUCCGAUGACCAGCGACGUCUUCGUAGAGGUGAUGCCUCAGGUGGCGCCGAACUUCAACAGGGGGCCCAACGGCACCUUCGUCAUGGACCUCCCGCCGAUAGCCGUCAGGCUGCAGACCAGCUGCACUCCGGGGCUCCCGCAGGUCCCGGGCUUGGUGCCCUUCAAGCCCUGCGAGGAGUUCUACGUCUUGCUCCCCGAGCUCCAGCGAGUCAUCUUCGACCCCAACACCGGCAACCCGCCCGGGGGCAUGGUGCAGACCCAGGUCCAGAAGAGCGGGGCGGUGCUGGAGGCUCCUCCCAACGUCACGCUGAACGCUCAGUGCAAGGCAAACUCGCCUUUUGGUUCCCUCAUUCUGGAGGACAUCCAGACCUGCAACGGGCAUUCGCAAAAAAUCGGGGAGACUUCCCUCGACUACCGCCUGCAGGUGGACGCCCACAUGAACAUGAACCACGGUGCCGGCAACAUGGGCUCCAACAGACUGGAGGUCCUGUUCUGCUUCACCUUCCAGGCCCAAGUUCGCCUGGGCGGGACCGGUCCCGCCCAAGCCACGAUGGCCGCAGGCAUGGGAGGCUACGGCGGGGCAUAUGGCUAG